AUGGCGAAGGCGGCCGCCCCCCCCACUGAGCGAGAGACGAGCCUCUCGGAGCGAGCUCGGGCCUUGCUAACCACGCGCAGGCUGAGCAUCUCCCCGCACAUCCUCGAGCUGCUCACCUUGCCCACUUUAGAGGACCUGGAGGCGGAUUACCGACCUAGAAUUUCAGAAAACCUGAAAAUAGGUUAUGCUAUCUCAGACUGUGCCACUCAGACUGAUGGAAGUGAAAUAACAGAUCUGAAAGAGUUUACAGUGACAACAAAAACUUUGAUAGAGUUCACAAACUCAUUGUACGAUGAAUUCAUGAGGUAUAAAAUUUUCCUUAACACACAAUAUGAAGACAAAAUAAAGGAGCACGCAUUCAGUCUCUGGGAAGAAAUGAACGACAGACUCGAAUACAUUGAGCAGUUUUAUAAGCAGAAGGAAGCCAAAAUGAGACAAAGCUACCAGCAACAAUUGUGUGAUGCACUUGCCAUCCUCAAAACGAAGUAUUUGAAGUAUUUCCGUAUCGGCAAAGGUCUACCUGGAGAAGAGGAGGAAAUGUUAGCCACAAGGUUUGGGAGACUGAGAGAGUGCCUUGAAGAGAAGCAGUUUAUAAUUACAGGUUUAGAAGGAGAAAUAGUAGCCGGCAAAGCAAGAGAAAGCGAGAAGCUCCCGCAUGAGGAAGAGUUCGAAUUUGAAAAAGAAUUGCUUCAGCAAGAAAACAGGGAGAUGCGGGAAGAAAUUGCUUCCCUGAAGAAAAAACUUGCACGCCUUCAAGAAGUGGAGAAGCAAUCAGAGAAAGAUCGUGUUGAACUCGAUACUGAAAUUAAACAAUUGCAGAACAAAAGAGAAAGGGAUCGGAAGACAAUCGAAAAGCUAACGAACACACAGGAAAUGCUGAAGCUGGAAGUUGACAGAGAGAAGCAGAGAGUUCUGUCGAAAGCUCGGGAAGUCAAAGAAGCACAUGAAGCUUUGGCAAAAUUAACUGAAAGCGCAGCAAAAUCAGAAGUGGAAGCUGCAUUUGCAGCAAAGGCACAAGCAAUCCAACAACAGAGACACGAAAAGAUGUCGGCGAAAGAGCUGAGAGAAGCGGCAGCGAGAGAAGCAGCAGCGAGAGAAGCGGCUGCGAGAGAAGGGGCAGCGAGAGAAGCUGCAACGAGCAAAGCGGCCACAACAGGAGAAGCUAAGGACCUAGACAUUUUGUUUGGCUCUCAACAGGAAUUGCUCGCAGCUCUCAGUGGCAGCAACAAGGAUGCUGUGAGCAAAGCAUUACUAAAAGAGGUGGCACGGCUUAAGCAAUCUGAACGGGAAGCACGGGAGCAGGGAAAGAGACUAGAAAUGGAAAUACGUCACUUAAGUGAAGCCUGGGAAUUGAAGUUUCAGAUUUUGAAGAGAAGCUUCAGAGUCGGAGGAGGAAAUGGAGGAGUCGGAGGAGGAAAUGGAGGAAUUGCCUCUCUUGCCAUCACCAAUUUCUUCACACCAAUAGCGGAGAACCACAAAUGGGAGGAAAAAGAGAGAGAAAUGGUGGGUAGGCUGAAAGGAUCCACCUUGUCGUUUGGUCUCUCGCAGAGGGUCUUUCUUCUGUCUAGGGAGGCUGGAUACUUUCGCUCUCUGGCUGACCUCUAG